UUUUCUCACUUCUUCACUUUCUCUCUCUUCUCUUCUCUUCUCUUCUGGUUUCUUUUGCUUUCUGCUGCAGCACUUCUCUCUCUAGGUUCAUCUCAUUUCUGCAACUUGAAAUCCUAAAACUGUUAAGACCCUUUAUUUCACCGGAGCUAAUUUUCCGGCAGAAGGAGGAAAGUCUUUUCCUUUUGGGCGGGGGAGUCCGACCCGGAAUCCGACCCGAUCGGAUCUGAGUGUGGUUGAAGCGCCAUUCACCCACUUUCCGGAGAGAGAAAGUGAGGUUGAAUCGCAGAGUGGAAAAUGUACAAGAACCAGCUUCAGGAGCUGGCACAGCGUAGUUGCUUCAACCUUCCUUCUUACACGUGCAUUCGGGAAGGUCCUGAUCACGCGCCGCGGUUCAAGGCCACCGUUAACUUCAAUGGCGAGAUCUUCGAGAGCCCUCAGUACUGCUCCACGCUGCGCCAGGCGGAGCACUCCGCCGCCGAGGUUGCCCUCAAUUCUCUCUCCCACCGUGGUCCCUCUCACUCCCUCGCCGCUAGGAUCCUCGAUGAAACGGGAGUCUACAAGAACCUUUUACAGGAAAUUGCGCAGAGGGUGGGGGCUCCAUUGCCACAAUACACAACAUUCAGGUCAGGCUUAGGACACCUACCUGUUUUUACGGGGACAGUAGAAUUAGCUGGAAUCACAUUUACUGGUGAACCUGCCAAGAAUAAGAAACAAGCUGAGAAAAAUGCAGCCAUGGCAUCUUGGUCAUCUCUAAAGCAAUUGGCAAAAGAAACUGCAAGAUCGUCAACUGAACCAGAGAACAAUGACGAAUUAGAACAGAUCACUAUAGCGCGGGCCUUAAUGAACUACCGUCAGAAGGAAAAGAUGGCAAUGUCAAAUCCAAAUGCUCCAAUUCCAUUUCCAAAGACAUUUCACAUUCAGAAUGCCAGGCCAACCAGUCCUCAACCUCCACCUGCCACUACAUCAAAAAUACUUCCCUUAAUUUGCCGAAAGACAUCACCUCGAAGCAGGCAUCCAGUAGCAGCAGUUGCCAGUGACAAUUUUAUGAUGCCACCACUCUCUUGUACACUAGAAAGCCGAGGGAACCGACGCCCAAAGUUCCCCGCAGCAGGAGCAGCACCUUAUGUUCCCAUUCGACAAAUUAGAUCACCUUGCCAGGGGAUUGCACCUCCGGUGACAGUAAGGACUGCAGUACCUGUAUUCUCUCCACCACCAGCCACAAUUUCCCAUCAAGUAAUGCGGGUUCCUCCCCAUGUACGAGUUGCUCCUCCAGUCAAUAUUCGGCAAGCUGUUCCAGUAUAUGCUGCUCCUUCGGUUCAAAAAGAACAAGUUGUUCCAGUAUAUGCUGGUACACCAGUUCAAAAAGAACAAGCUGUUCCAGUGCAUGCUGCUUCACCGAUUCAAAAAGAUGAACAAGCUAUCCCAGUAUAUGCUGCUCCACCGGUUCAAAAAGAACAAGCUGUUCCAGUACAUGCUGCUUCACCGAUUCAAAAAGAUGAACAAGCUAAUCCAGUAUAUGCUGCUCAACCGGUUCAAAAAGAUGAACAAGCUAUUCCGGUAUAUGUCGAUCUACCUGUUCAAAAGGAUGAACCUGUUCCCAUCCGAAAAGAUGAUCUACCUGCUAUUAGUGCCCAGAGCCAGGAAGAUGAAUUGCCUGCUAAAACUCAGGAGACAGACACCAAGACUGAGAACAUUCCACCAGAAUCUGAGACAGUGCAGAGCUUGGAGCAGCUGAAAAUUUGAUGUUCAUUGCAAUAGAGAGGUUUGAAUCCAUGGGAAUGUGGUCUUGGUUUUGUAAUGAUCUAGAGUUUGCUUCUCAUCUUAUAAUGAGUGAUGUAAUAUCAUCCCUUCCUUUUGUCCUGUUAAAAUGCGACAGUUGUUGCAGGUUAGCAUCAGCAGUCGAAUAUCUGAAAUUCAAGAGCGGUUUAGCAUAUAAUCUGCUUAUGUUUUUGCUCUUAUGUAUGUUGAUCAUAUCUUAUUAU